GAACACACUGACUCUUCAGCAAACACAAGCAGCCUGUGGUAAGUACAGUCUAUUAGACUGGACCGCGUUCAUUUAUCUCUCAGCUGGAGGAAAAGUCUUUCUUUGAGGACUGCAGCAAACAUACCGAGGAAAAUAUUUCGACAAGACGACUGAGAGGAAGACGAUUACUAGUCCCCUGAUGAUUGCUCAACCUGAUAAUAAAAAGCUGUUGCCCUGAUUUUUGUUUGUCAGGCACAGCUUAUCAUCAAGCAAGAUGUCUACCACAACUGAAAAUGGGCUGGCGGGGCCUCGGAGUACAAGCAGAGAGAAAACCUACAAGAAGACCACGUCAUCGGCCUUGAAGGGAGCCAUUCAGCUCGGAAUUGGCUAUACAGUGGGGAACCUCACCUCCAAACCAGACAGAGACGUGCUUAUGCAAGAUUUCUAUGUGGUGGAGAGCGUAUUUCUACCCAGUGAAGGAAGCAACUUGACCCCAGCUCAUCACUAUCCUGACUUCCGCUUCAAGACCUAUGCCCCUCUGGCUUUCCGCUACUUCAGAGAUCUGUUUGGCAUCAAACCAGACGACUACCUGUACUCCCUUGUAAAUGAGCCACUGAUUGAGCUGACGAACCCUGGGGCCAGCGGUUCUCUCUUCUACCUAACCAGCGAUGAUGAGUUCAUCAUCAAAACUGUCCAGCACAAAGAGGCCAAGUUUCUGCAGAGACUGCUACCUGGAUACUACAUGAACUUGAACCAGAAUCCACGCACAUUGCUGCCCAAGUUUUAUGGCUUGUACUGCAUCCAGUCCGGUGGCAUUAACAUCCGGCUGGUGGUGAUGAACAACGUGCUGCCUCGUUCCGUCAAAAUGCACUACAAAUAUGACCUGAAAGGAUCCACCUAUAAAAGACGAGCGUCUAGGAAAGAGCGGGAGAAAGCCUGUCCGACCUACAAAGAUCUGGACUUCCAGGACAUGCACGAGGAAGGGCUUUAUUUUGACACAGAGACAUACAACAACCUAAUGAAGACUCUGCAGAGAGACUGCCGGGUGCUGGAAAGUUUUAAGAUCAUGGACUACAGUCUGCUGCUGGGUGUACACGUUUUGCACCAGAGCCACAGGGAGGGGGGUGAGCCGGGCCAGGCAGGGGGGGACGGCAGGAGGUCCGUGGGUCAGAGGGUGCUUUACUCCACCGCCAUGGAGUCGAUCCAAGGAGACGGCAAGGCAGCUGAAGCCCUCACCACUGACGACACGAUGGGCGGCAUCCCUGCGAAAACACACAAAGAAGAAAAGCUGUUCAUCUUCCUGGGUAUCAUUGAUAUCCUACAGUCUUACAGGUUCAUUAAAAAGUUGGAACACUCGUGGAAAGCUCUGGUGUACGAUGGCGACUCUGUGUCGGUCCAUCGGCCCGGGUUUUACGCAAGCCGUUUCCUCAAAUUCAUGAGCACGCGGGUCUUCAGGAAAAUGCAGUUAAUUCGUUUCUCCCCUUCAAAGAGGACUCGCACUUCCAUCCCUGCUCUGAAGUCGUCCUCACAGGAGAUCCUUUCUUCAGAUGAGAGGAACGAGGAGGACAGGAGGGACAGGCUCGGAGGGGCUCGCAGCCUGGCCAGUCUGGAUGGACAAGCUGUCUUCGGUUCAUAUCUUCGUCCGGAUUUGGUCCCUGCCAACCCGUUCUCCUACGAGGGCUCCUCCAUGGGAACCAUCUCCACCUCCUCCAUCUUUGUUAGUGUGGACAACCAAACAGAAGAGAGAGACGACGUUGCAUCCAGCUCCACGUUCACCCUAGAGGACAGCGCCAUCUGCCUCACUUCAGAGCAGAGCACCAUGGACGUGGACAUUGAUCGCGAUGAUGGAUCUGUUCUCGAUGUAUACUUGUGAAAACAGCAGCUUUACAUCCUUAAUUUCCUCCUGCCACCUACAAGACAAUCACCGCACUCCAUUGGACAUGCCAAGCUGAUGUCUGACUCCAUUUUCAGUGCUGCUAGAUCCAUGUUGCCACUUGUACUUGCCAACAAAUACAAAUACUAUAAUUCCCACUGGUUGGUGGACUUAAAGAACCUGAAAAGGUCAUUGUGAUGGAGCUGACAGGAACCAUGUGACAUUGUGUAAUGUGCUGAUCACUGGGCUGAAUUGAGUGUUGCUGUAAAAGCAUGCAAUACGGUGGUGCCAUUGUUUUUUUAUGUAUAUUGUUCAAAGAUUUAAAGUUUUCACAUAUAUAUAUAUAUAUAUAUAUAUAUAUAUAUAUAUAUAUAUAUAUAUAUAUCUAUAUAUAUAUACACAGGAAGAAAGUCUUGAUACACAUCAUACAUUUCUUUAAAUGUUUUUUCUGACGAUGCUUAAAAAUUUGCAGCUGUUUAGCUGCUGAUGAGAAAUGUUUACAAUAACGUUAUGGCGGCAUCUUUGUCCCCCGAUGAAGAGGGACACGGCAUGGUUACACAAAGGACACAAGCCAGCUUGUAGCCUCAGCCAACACAGAUGAAGACCCACAAACAGACUUCGUUCUGAAGCUACCAAGGCCAAACACAGACUACAAAGUAGUCAACUUUUCCUAACUGGGUGGUUGUUUGUACUGCCUGAAAGGAGCCCGACGCUCUGGCAAAGAACUGCUGUAAAGCGACGUGAGGAAAGACAGUUACUGGAUCUUUGACGAAGCACAGAGCGGAGGGACAAUGCACUUUUGACAUUGGUUAGGAUUACUGUAAAAAUAUAUAUUUUUCUUCUGAGGACAUUAUUUAGGUGGGUGGGCUACCUGACAGAAGCACAGAUUUGGAUGUGUGAACAUGCACUUUUUUUUUCCCCCUUUUUACUUUACAAAUGCACACCUGUUUGUCAUUGAUACAUGUAGAGACAAUGAAGGAACACUGUAGAUCAUUUUUGAUGUGGAACCUCUAGUUUUGUGAGGUUUGCAUCACUACUGAAGAUGCUUUUACUCAGGAUAUGCUUUGAUACUGAACAAGUAUGUCCUCCUUUAAGAAGUUAUGAGAUAUGCAUCCUACACUUAAAGCUGUCUGAUACCUCUUCAUCAAGAUCAUAUCUAGCUAUAAAUGUUCAACUCUACGAUCACACGUCAGUUGAGACCAUAAUUUAUUCUGUAAAUCUCAAUAUUUUACCAUUUGCUGAAAAAUACUUUAAUCACUGAAUGUAAAGACAAUACAUAUUUAUAUAUAGAAGAGCCUCCUAUAAAUAAACUCCUAAAAUUCA